GUUUUCCACAUUUCCCAUCGUUUUAAAAAAAAAUUAAAAAGGUUGGCAGCUAUUUCUUAGAGAAAACUCCCAAUUAGGAGAAGUGGUGGCAAUGAAGACAAUUUGAUGGCCCGCCCGUGUUACAUUUCCAUCCGAAGGCUGAGUUCGUACAAUCUCCUCCCGCUUCCCAGCACGACCCAAGAACCCGCCGAUUUUCUCACUAAAUUGCGAUUUCUAUCAUCACGCGGCCACCUCCAGGAGGCUCUCUCACUCUUCUACAGUGCCCCGUCACAGUUCCAUUAUCAACAAACCUAUGCCACCCUCUUCCAUGCUUGUGCUCAACAAAGACAGCUUAAUCAUGGCGUCAAGUUGCACCAUUUUAUGCUUGCCCAUUAUCCCAGUUGCCCACAUGACGUCAUUCUCACCAAUCAUGUAAUCAAUAUGUAUGCGAAAUGUGGCCAUUUGAAUUUUGCUAACCAGUUGUUCGAUGAAAUGCCUGAAAGAAAUGUUGUUUCUUGGACUGUGCUCAUUUCAGGGUAUGCUCAGUGUGGCAUGGUUGAGGACUGUUUCCGGCUUCUUUCGGGUAUGUUGGGUGAGUGUCGGCCGAAUGAGUAUGCUUUUGCAAGUGUGCUCAGUUCGUGUGGCUACGGGCAAGGGACACAGGUGCAUGCACUUGCGUUGAAGAUGGCAAUGGAUGCAUCUGUUUAUGUAGCGAAUGCUCUUAUUACAAUGUAUGGUAAGAGUCAUGAAGGUGGUAAAGUUGAGGCUUUGACUGUGUUUGAGAGCAUGCUGUUUCAAAAUCUGGUUUCUUGGAAUUCCAUGAUGGCAGGAUUUCAAGUAUGGAAGCUUGGGUUGGAUGCUGUUAGGCUUUUUACCAAAAUGCACAGAGAUGGAGUUGGAUUUGAUCGCGCAACGCUGCUAGGUGUCAUUUCUUCCUUGUGUCCAAGAAAUGGCAUUGCUGUAGAGUCAAGUCUUAAGUUCUGUCUCCAACUGCAUUGUCUUGCUCUCAAGUCUGGGUUUAUAUCUGAAAUUGAAGUGGCAACUGCUUUAGUGAAAGCUUAUUCAGAUCUUGGAGGGGAUGUUUCUGACAUUUAUCAGCUCUUUUUGGGAUUGAGUUCAUGUCAAGAUAUUGUUUUGUGGACUGGAAUGAUAACAGCAUUUGCAGAGCGUGACCCUGUUGAAGCCUUCUUUCUCUUUUGUCAGUUGCUACGAGAGGACUUGGAUCCAGACUGGUAUACUUUUUCAAGUGUCCUAAAAGCUUGUUCAGGCCUUGUAACAGAGUGGUGCGCGUUGGCAGUUCAUUCUCAAGUGAUAAAAGCUGGGUUUGAUGAUGAUACAGUGGUCAACAAUGCCUUGAUCCAUGCCUAUGCAAGGUGUGGUUCAAUUGCCCUGUCUAAGCAAGUUUUUGAUGAAAUGGCCUUUCAUGACUUGGUGUCUUGGAACUCCAUGCUUAAGGCAUAUGGCUUGCAUGGCCUAGCUGGGGAAGCACUGCAACUCUUUUCGCAAAUGGAUGUCAAACCUGAUCCUGCUACCUUUGUUGCUCUUCUUUCGGCUUGCAGCCAUUCUGGACUGGUUGAAGAAGGAAUUAAAAUCUUUGACUCCAUGAGUGAGAAUCAUGGUAUUGUACCUCAACUAGAUCAUUAUGCCUGCAUGGUAGACAUUCUUGGACGGACAGGACGUACUAUUGAGGCUAAGGAACUUAUAAAUAGAAUGCCAAUGCAGCCUGAUUCUGUGAUUUGGAGUGCAUUGCUCGGGUCAUGUAGGAAAUAUGGUGAAACCCAGUUAGCCAAGUUAGCUUCAGCUAAACUGAAGGAAUUGGAUCCUGAAAAUUCACUGGGUUAUGUACAAAUGUCUAACAUAUAUUGCUCAGGUGGGAGCUUUGGCGAAGCAGGGCUAAUUAGGAAAGAAAUGGAUGGGUCCAGAGUUAGAAAGGAGCCUGGCCUAAGCUGGAUUGAGAUUGGAAACAUGGUACACGAGUUUGCCUCUGGAGGCAGACGGCAUCCACAGAGAGAGGCUAUAUUCACCCGGCUAAAGGCACUGGUUGAGCAGCUAAGGGAGAUUGGUUAUGUUCCAGACACAACCUUGGCCUUACAUGAUGUAGAGGAGGAGCACAAGGAGGAACAACUGUUCCAUCAUAGUGAGAAACUUGCUUUGGCAUUUGCCAUAAUGAAUGAAGGCAGCUUGCACUGUGGUGGACAUGUUAUAAGAAUCAUGAAGAAUGUCCGAAUAUGCGUGGACUGCCAUAACUUCAUGAGGUUAGCAUCCCAUCUUCUUAAAAAGGAGAUUAUCGUUAGAGAUUCAAACCGUUUCCAUCAUUUUAAAAACAGGGAAUGCUCUUGUAGAGAUUAUUGGUAACAAAUUUAUUUGCUUUUCACCUGCAUGCUUCACUGCUCAUCAUGCACGAAGAUAUUGACUUAAAUCAACAGGAUCUGUAAGAGCUGCAAUUGAUGGAGGCAUGUAACAUUCAGUUUUGGAUUGAGAUUUAUUUUCUGAAGGAGAUGAACAAUGUCAAUCCGGUCCUGAAAGAAUAUCAGAGAUGAAUUUUGAUUCUUUUUGAUAAGUAAUAAGGAGGGUUGAUGUUUGAAGGCAUUUUCUUCUGAGAAAACUGACAUUUAUGGGAGCAAUAAAAAUUACAGCUGCAAAACCAUUUUUGUCUUCAAAAGGGCUUCCAAAUUUCUUGUAUAUGUAUAAGCUUAUUUCUGUUUGUAGAAAGUAUAAGUUAAGGUGCAUAUUUGUGACUUCUAAAGUAGAAAUUUUGUAAUUUAACUUAUAAAUUUGUUAAAUUUUA